CCGAACAGAUGCAGAAGGCACAAGAGCAGACCCAAGAGUCGAGAUGGAUUCCUCAAGGCACCUUCUUCUCGCAAAACUGCCUCGCCUGUUCGGCACCAAGACGGUGGACUGGCUGCCAGGACUAAGGGUCGUUCCUGGGCUGGUUCCACGUGUUUUGAUCCAAGGAGACGUUCGUGCCGGCUUUAGGUGUUCUCUCGUCCACUUGGAUGGAUCCGCAAGGGAAGGGAAGGCUCGCGCCGCAUUCCCUCGCAGAUCUGUUGCAUUUGCCAAAGAUUGAGUACAUCUAUACGGACGAUCUCGAGUCCAUAUAUGACGACGUUGACGACGAGAUUGUGUGGGAGAGCGCCACUGGCAAGGGAACGUCAACCGUCUAACACAUGUGCCUACACGACUGCGGUGAAUUGCCAGGAGAGUUAUUAAGAGCCAUGGGCGAAGCACCGGAGAGGCUCACUUCUAUGUCGUUUCGAGGGGGCAGCAAGUCGAAGGGGAAUCUCGACGACUUCGACAUGCUCGUCCAGGGCUUGGCCAAGGCGCAGAAUGAUUCCCUAGAAUCUUUUAUGCUCUAUGGGUAUACGCCUAUGAAUAUAUUUGACCGCAUUCACGGAUGCCGAUCUAGCAUAUUCCAUCCCGGUGAGCUAGAGGGCAAGGCGAAGGUGUUGAAGAACUUCACACUGGAUUGGGAAGAUAUAAAAAUGGAAUCCGGGGAGUAUGAGAACAUCGACACUCCAGAGGAAUGGAAGGGUUAUGUGUCCAAGUACUAUCCAAGAAGCCUCGAAACCGUGAUUCUAAUCGACUUUGUCUAUUUCGAGGGAGAUGGGGAAAACAGGGAUCGUGAUGAUCUGGAGAAGGUGGAAACGAUGCUCAUCGCCAUGAUCGAGUCAAAGAACUUCCCUAAGCUAAGGCCUUCUAUCUCAAGGAGUGCGAAAGGGGGCGGGACACCUCGUUGCAAUCGAUCGAGAGAUCGCAUGGUAGGGGUUCAAAAGCUCAUGAAGCUGUGCACAAAACAUAACAUUGACGUUCGUAUAGUCACGAAUCAAGCUAAGCCGCUGCAUUCAAUAGAGGUCCCCGAGGCCCUCGAUAAGUACGAUUUGAUCACAGGGCCGUUCGCGGGGAAGAGGCCAUACGACUGCGUAUUCAAUGUCUACACUGGGCGCAGAGAACACCCCAGAUACGAUAAACGAAGCGAAGACGAAGACGAAGACGAAGACGAAGACGAAGACGAAGACGAAGACGAAGAGGUUACAAGCAGCGAACGGGGACGCCGCAGAAGCCAGCAGUAAACAGCGUCGUGGCCAUCGUCACCGUAGUCGACUGGCACCAACCACGAACCAACCCUCAGCCACUGCGACUAACUGGACUAAGGAAUAACGAAGUCGACUAGUGAUUAGGUGGGUUCAAAACAACUCACACUCACACCCAUUACUCUUUCUGUCUGAC